AUUGUCAGUUGACUCCAAAACGUCAGCUGGUGAGGUGCUAGGUGUAUGUGUGUGAGUGAGUGCGAAAUAGUGUAUUAAAGCUGGACAGAAAUGGCGACUCUCUGUCCAGGGAUUCAAUAUGGUUUAUCAUCACAAAAAAAUUUCAGUGAAACUAAAGAACUGAUUUUUGUGAAACUAACGGAUUCAGCAUAUCGUGCAAUUGAAGAAUUCGUGCGAAAUAGGAACAAAUUUAGCAGUCAACAAACACCAACGAUACAAUUCCGUGGAAAUGAAGGGCAACUGGAAUUCCCGUCGGCCAACUCUUCGGCGUCUUUCUCCUUCUCCAUGUCCACCACUCAGGACAUGGAGGGACCCGGUGGCAGCUUCGAGUGCAUCACACAGAACGGCCCUCCGCGUGGCCCCCUGGAGCUGCUCAAUCCGAUACCUCGCAAGAUCCGGAUACACGCCAACGAUGACAUCUAUGCGGCGACCAAGCAGAGGAUGACGGUGGCGGAAGAAACACACAAAAAUAAAUGCACGCGAGAAAUUAAGCCCAAUCAGACAGACAUAGGAAGAAGGGUAAAAGUAAAGCAGAUGGCAAACGGAGGUCGCAGUUCCAUACCACAAAUGCCUCCCGCACGUAUGAGCAAUGGCAGUAGCAACGAAAGGACCACUCCUCACCCCUCAAUGCGCGAUAGUCUUCUCAAAUCGUCCUAUCAGACCUCCUCCAAUCCGCCCGUUUCUAAACCGCCCAUCUUGAACGGCAUGCACUCCAACAAUGGAAUGCACCAACAGCAGCAGCUGCCGCAGCAGCAGCAGCAUCUAUCGGCCAACGGAUUGAGUAGCAACCAUGUGAGCAGCAGCAAGCCUCAGCAGAACAAACCUACGCAACCUGAUAUACUGAAGCGCCCUUUGAAGGAAAGGCUGAUUCAUUUGCUAGCUCUGAGGCCAUACAAAAAAGUGGAGUUGUUUGAACGUCUCAACAGAGAGGGAGUCCGUGAGAAAGGCAGCAUGAGCUCUGUGUUAAAGCAGAUCUCUGUAUUGAAAGACAAUGCAUACCACUUGAACAGAGCUUGUUGGCAUGACGUUAGAGAAAAUUGGCCAUUCUACAGUGAAUCCGAAAAACAAAUUCUAAAAAGACGUAAACCUCAGAACCUCACACCACCAGGCAGCAGCGAUAGCACAAGUUCAGGCAGCGGACAGUCGCCCACUAGCACUCACCCAGGCUCACCACCUCUUCCGGUUCCGGUAUCAACCAAACGUCCGGGCUACUACGACGGCGCAGACGGAUUUCCCACCAAACGUCAAAGGGUGUCGCACUACAAGAAACCUACAGAACCUACCGUGAAUCCUCCGCCUGCCGAGAACAAGAGCCAACGCAAACCCGUGACUGACUCUAGGGAUACUAGCAACAUGAACCCCCGCAGCAGGGAAUCCCCCACGACAACCCUAACCCCGACAAAUCAGGCACUGACCAAUGGCCACCAUCCAUCCAACGGCUACGCCAACGGAUCCACUAGGGAGAAACGUAGCGCACUCAGCGACGACGAGGAUGAGGACGAGGAGAUGAACAACAGUAGAAAACGACAUUGCGACAACAGCUACAACAGGGUCGGUUUCGAGACAGGCAGGCAGGAGACGCUGGAACGUAGCCCGUACGAAAACGGCUUCGCAGACAAGAGAGAGAGCAACGAUUACAAUUCGACAGAGGGCGUGGCCAAGGAGGCUACAUAUCAGAAUGGGGAGGUGUUUCCACAAGACAGAUGGGCGCCUGAGGUGAAGAGGGAGACUAACAAGUACGAUACUAAGUACGACAGGGAUGCUACUCCAUUGAGGGUUAGUCCGGACAGUCAGACUGAGCCGAUGCCAACUGCUGAGGUACCUGUAGAUGAAAGCCAAGGUGCAAAAACGCCUCCUGAUUAUCUAACGGAAUAUACAACAAUUAGAAAUUAUGAUCAAAGAAAACGGUACAAAGAUGAUUUCAAUGAAUAUUAUAAUGAGUAUAAGGUACUUCAUGAAACUGUGGAUAGGGUGUCUAGAAGAUUCAUAGAAUUAGAAGAUAGGCUGAAACACGAAAAUUCAAAAAGCCCGAAGUACAGGGAUUUGAAGAAACAAAUUAUGAAAGAAUAUAAAGAAAUCAAAAAAAGUACAGAUCAUCAAAAGGCUAAACUACGAUUCCAAUAUUUGCACGAAAAGCUAUCCCACAUUAAGAAUUUGGUAAAGGAGUACGAUGACUCGAUAACAAACGAGCAACAGUACACUAAUCACCGGUACUGACCCUGGAUUGAAUACUUAUUGGCCAUGCUGUUUGCCACUUGCUACCGAGGACAUUCUCUAUCCUAUAACAUCACCAAUUAUCGUACAAUUGUCUUUAUGUUACUAUAAGUAUCAUAAUUAUCGAAGAAAAAGACAAAGAUUUGAAUUAAUCUUCAGACGUGAUUGAAGUGCCCUAUUGCUAAUUUGUACAAUAGACUGAGGUGUUUUUUUUUUCGUUAUAGGUGUAAUUUAUUCUUGAAAAAUUUCUUUUUUUUAUUUUACUGUUGAAUUUACACGGCAUCGAUUUGUCGCAAAUAUUAUUGUUUUUUCUGGUAUUUUGAUAACAGUGCUGUUAUGGAAUACCCAUUUUGGAACUGGAAGUAGUCGCAAUUUGGAUUGAUGGUGAUUCAGUUCAUUGUUACCAUUCAACUUGCAGUUUUUGGAUUUUCAACAUGUCACAUCGUUCGACAAGAUAAUUCUACAUGUUUUGUUGCUCAAUUAUUUAUCUCCAAAAGAAACACAACUCACUUUUCAACAUAUUGAAGACAUUCAGAAGUAAGGAAUUACACUGAAAAAUGUACAACAUAUCUGCAGAUACAGUAAAUAGAAAUCCGUAAGGAUUGAUCAAUUGUUCAAUUGAAACAUAUGUUUUGCCAUAUCGCUGAAGUAUCAUUUUGUAUCAGUUGUUCCAAAUACAUAUCCUCAAAGAAGGAAUCUCAAUAUCAGAAUUGUUUAAACUUCUGGAAACCAAAAUCGUAGUUAUUCUGUUACAAUGAUGUGAAGCCACUGAAAUGUUGAAUCGUGACAAACUCUGAGAGCUGCAGAUUUUAUUUCGAUUUUAUCAUUGAAUGUUUCCAUCUUCAAAUUGUCUUCUUCCUGAAUACUGUUCUAUCUAGAACACAUUCCAUUUAUGUAGUACUGUAUGUGCUUCCAAGUCAUUUUUAUCAAGGGUAAAAUCAAUUUUUUUAUUAAUUUGUACCAAUGUAAAUAUGAAUUUUAUUUAGGAAACGCAUUUAUUACUUUUUUUUUUAUUAUCAAUUUUUUUUCUAAUUGCAUAAGGAAAACGGUUAAAACAUAUUACUGGUGUUCAAUUUUUUGAGGCCGUUUUGCCUGUUUGAAUAAUAUACUGUUAAUAAUUUAUUUAAUUGAGCAAUUUAUGAUUUUUAUUGAAAAUUUGAUGAAUUACUGCAUUUAUCUUUUAUGAAAUAAAAAUUUAAAGGAAUUCAACAUUUCAGGGGUGUAUGAAUUUUUGCUUUCAAUUGUUCCCAUUGUUAUAACUUUUGUUACAUAUUUUAUACAUGUUUUCAGUAAGAACUGUUAUUGCGAACUUUGAUUGAGCCAUUUUAGACAGUUACCAAGUUACUCUUCAUAGUUUUUUUUCCAUUAUACUUUUAUUACAUACCUGGAAGUUUGAAUGUUACGUGUGCCAAAAAAAAACUACGUGGAUCACAGUGAUUGGGUUAGAACAAUUCAAAAAAAUUUAGUCACUUUGGGUAAGAAAACCCUACAAACUUUCUAAAGUAUUACAAUAUAACAUACUUACAAAUUUGCUAUUCUUGAGAAUCUUGUUGUCUUAUUAUACUUCCGUGAUUUGCAUUUGUAAGUUCUCUAUUGCCAAGUUUGUUUAAAUGCAGAUCAUAAAAUUGCGAUGCCAAUGUGAAUGUUAUUUAUUUGUAUAAAUUUGUCUAGUUCAAUUUUGAAAUUUAGAUUGUAGAUUACUUUCUGAAUUUUGCUGUUAAGAAUCUUUGAAUCAAUGUUGAAUUUAAAUUAAUAAACCAAAAGGAGGAAGGACUAAGUUGAAAAUUUUAUGUUUGAGAGAUUAUCUGAUAUGAAGAAAAAUAUUUCAUGUAUGAUAUAUAUAUUUUUCAUGUAGAAAGUGAAUGAUUCAUCAAUUAAUUAUAAUUCCUUUGUAAGUUCGAAAAUAUUCUUGAAAGUCAAUUGCAUUUCGAAUAUUGGUAUUUUGUACUGAAAUUGAUGAAAGUGCUACUUGCGAAAAUUAAGUAUUUCCUAUUACUUUGCUCAGAAAGGCUUAGAACUUAGCUUAAGGUGUACAUAAUAUGAACAAUGUUCAGAAUUUUUCUGAACAAAUUUGAUCAAAAUCUCGUUUUGAUGUAUAAAGUCCUAUUUAUUAAGACAAUCAUAACUCAAACCAUCCAAUAUUAGAAGUAGAUAAACUAUUGUUCUUCCUCCUAAAAUCAGAUGAACCAAGAACAGAGAAGGAUUGUUUGCUUUUUAUAAAAAAAAAAUUGAGAUCCAGACUUUUGGAUUGAGUGUAGGAAUCUUUUAGAAUUGCUGCAAAUAGUACAAAAUGACUAAUCAAAUGCGAUAUUCUGAAAUUUGAAGAAUGUGGAACGUCUGUGUCGUUAGCAUCUACAGCAAUUUAUGAUUCCAAGCAAUUGUUACUAAAAGGAAAGGAUUCGUUUGAUCUACUGAAACCUUAUAACCUCAAUGAUAAACAAUGUGCUUUAUUGAAGCAAUAUUUCUGUGUAUGUACAUUUUCAAUACUGCCUGCACAUGUAUUCUCGCACAAAUUUCAUUUUUUGCCUUAAAUUGUUGAAAAUUUUUUCGUCUAUUUGCACCAGUUGUUUUAUAAUUAUGCUCAAAACUUAUAAAAUUUGAAAGUAGUUCUUAAGCCCAAGCGAACAAUCAUCAUUGUUGUUGGUAAAGAUAUAGAACAAUUAUAUCAGAACUGUGAUGGUCACGCUCAUUCCAAUAAGAUUGUUUUGUCCGGUAGCAGUGUCCUUUUUCUGCCAAACUGACUGUCCGACAGUCGCUAUUUUUUGCGAUGUGUGGUUGUGAUUGUAUAUAUGACCUCCGAUGACGACCUGGCCUGACCUUGACUCAUCAAUGUUUAUAAAUAUAUGAAAAUUAUAUAAAUGAAUAAAUAAAUAUAUAUAUACAUACUUAUACAGUACCAUGUAUCUAUACUAUUAUUACACAUGUUAUAUUGAUUAGAAUAUGCUUAAAUGUCUCUAUUCUGUCUUCUUGCUUAUGAUUUUUGAAGAACAAGCAAAUAUGAAAAUCAAAAAAAAAUUAAAACUAAAUAAAAUAAUUAAAUGUCGUUAGUCCGGGGUUGUGUAAUUCUUUACGUACUGAGUCAAUAUUUCAAAAGAAAAUUCUCGAUUUUGAUAUUUUACUCAUUUUGACUGAUUGCAGCAAAUAAUGUACUUUGAUUUACAACUCUGUAAUCUUUAAUAUCUUUGAAACUUAUCAAUGAUACACCAAUUUUUUACAUAUCUACAGUUAAUUUCUUGGUGAACGAUCUGCAAGAGGAAAUUGCUUAUAAUUUGAUUACCGUUACCUCAAAUGAAUCUCUGUAAUGUAAAUUAUUUUUAGAAAAUUUCGAAGAUCUUAUUGACAAAAAAAAUUAUUGAGAUCUUGAAUUUCCUCUUUAUUACAUAUCUGUUCACCAAUUUGAGAAAGAGUUGCAAAUCAAAUAGGUCAGCUGCCCCCCAAAAUUACAUAACGCAUGGAUUAAUGUGAUAAAAUUCAUAAAAUGUGGUUGAUUGGUUUUUAUUUUUUAGUUCAUUUGGAAUUGAGUUGUUUCAAAAAUUCCGAUGACUGUACGUAAACUAACAAGUUUCAACAUGUGCACAAACUUAGCGGCAUAAGUUCCAGUCUUAAUUUUGAUGAUUCAUGUUGUCCAUUUUACUAUAAUACCAAAUAUAUCUAUUCGAUUGGAACUUUACUCGCUAGUUUGGGUGCACGUUGUCUUAUUUGAGUGCACGAAGUGCCCUCUUUGUUACAAAUGGAAGGACCAGCCGCUUGCGUUGCCAAGUAAUGAUUUUUGUUAGCUCGUUAUGUGCAAAAGAUCGUGUUUGUAUAUUUAUGGAGAAACGAUUUGUAAAAAAUCAUCUAUUGUAAAGAACUUUGAGUACUGUAUAGGAUUCAUAUUGACUCCUAUUUUUUUGAAACAAGUGGCAUUGGUUUAUGUAACAAACGACAUGUUGUAUUGUAAAUUUGAAAUAUGCAAUAUAUUGAAAAGCAUCCUGAA